ACAGGAGGAUGCUGAGCUGCAUCAUUCUGUGAGGAGAGAGAGGAGCUGCUCCCUGCGCACACCGGAGAGGACCAGGAGCCCCAAAACAUCACUGCAACCCGCCCGAGCGCAGCUCUUCAUCGGCAAACAUGUCAGCUGGAGGAGAUCUGGGGAACCCUCUGAGGAAAUUCAAGCUGGUCUUUUUAGGAGAGCAGAGCGUGGGGAAAACAUCUCUGAUUACUAGAUUCAUGUACGACAGUUUUGACAACACGUAUCAGGCCACCAUAGGAAUCGAUUUUCUAUCAAAGACGAUGUAUCUGGAGGACCGAACAGUCAGGCUGCAGCUGUGGGACACUGCAGGACAGGAGCGUUUCAGGAGCCUCAUCCCCAGCUACAUACGGGACUCUACAGUUGCCGUAGUUGUUUAUGACAUCACAAAUGUGAACUCGUUCCAGCAGACCUGCAAAUGGAUUGAUGAUGUCAGGACAGAGAGAGGAAGUGAUGUCAUCAUCAUGCUAGUAGGGAACAAGACAGACCUGGAAGAGAAGAGGCAAAUCACGAUCGAGGAAGGUGAGCAGAGAGCCAAAGAACUGAACGUCAUGUUCAUCGAGACGAGUGCCAAGACGGGCUGCAAUGUCAAACAGCUGUUUCGUCGUGUUGCAGCAGCCUUACCCGGAAUGGAAAGCCUGGAUGAUGCAAAUCCUGAAGGCAUGAUUGACAUCAAGCUGGACAAACCAGCCGAGCCUACCAUCCCAGAGGGCGGGUGCUCAUGUUAAUGCAGAGCUGCUAUUGGACGGCUCCCUCCACACCAUAGGCUUGUUGUGUUGCUUACUACUGGUUAGCUUCCAGUUGACUUUUCUAAUUGGAUAGAGGAUGUGGGCCUUGUAUCUGAUUGGAUAAAUCAAAUGUUAUCUUUCAGUCUUGUUCAGUUGUAAAAUAUUGUAUACUUUGUCAAUAUGUAAGUGACUGGAGGGGAAAAGGAAAAAACAACAACAACAGAGACAUGAAACAAUAAAACAGUUUUGGGAAAUGAAAGUCAGAAUGAGGGGAAAAAGCAACCAAAUUCUUUUCGCUGUUAUGUUUUGUAUUUUUUAUAUAUAAAAAGGGAAAGCACCAAAAAUGAUGCCUAAACAGGAAAAGGAGGAGAAGUGGGGUCGGCCAUUGUUUCAAGAUGGCUGAGCACAUCUGAAUGUCUGCAGCACGCAUGCACGCUGAUCUGAUCUUUGACCUUUGACCUGCCCUCCAGGGUUUCCCCACGCUGGAAGGUGGUUGGCCGUUUUAGAAUGUUUUAUAGCAUCUCUCUAUAGCAUCUCAUGACGAAUGUAUCUCAUUUGAGUCGACGUCCAGUAGGUUCACCUAACAGUAGCUGUGAAAACGUUGCACUCUAUCUCUCUAUGGGUUUAACUUUUAUAGAACAAACUGUACUGUGGUUAUAAAAAGAAGUAAUGAUAAUAAUAAUAAUAAAAAAGACAACUUACUACCACAACUCCCCCUCCCUCCAACCAUUCUUCUCCUUUCCUCCCUCUAGCCCUCUAUCCUUCCGGUCUUCCCAUCCCUACAUCCCAGUAAUACACAUAUAACGAUCCACUGUAAUGCACUGCACUGUAUAUAAUGAUGUAAUAUGUAUGUUGUGAACGUCCCUCUGUAGAAGUGGUCCUUGUUCACCAGUAUGAAUAAUGUAAUAAUGUUUAAUGAUUAAUAAAUUACAGAUUAAAGGGC